AUUUUGUUAAUUUCAUAAAAUAAAAUGCCUUGUAUAUUAAAAAAAUCUCAAUUCUUUUUCUGUUGCGCGUUAAUCCUAAAACCCUCUUUCUCCGUGUGUGCAAAAUACACACACUGAGGGUGUCGCCGAUCUGCGUGUUCGAAGUUGAGGAUUGGAGUGCGUGAGAGGAAAGGACAGCCAUUCCUCGUUUGAAGCAUUUUUGACGCAAUCCGAGGAUUGCUCAGAUAUAUCAGGGUUUAGGAUGAAGAACAAUGAGCGUAUUGCUAAUUUGGCUCUGGCAGGAUUGACCCUAGCCCCUCUUGUUGUAAAGGUGGAUCCAAAUUUAAAUGUCAUUUUGACGGCUUGUCUAACUGUCUAUGUGGGCUGCUACCGCUCCGUAAAGCCAACCCCGCCAUCAGAGACAAUGUCAAAUGAACACGCCAUGCGUUUUCCUUUGGUUGGGAGCGCAAUGCUGCUGUCUCUGUUUUUGCUGUUCAAGUUCCUAUCAAAAGACUUGGUCAAUGCUGUACUAACCUGCUAUUUUUUUGUACUUGGGAUUGCCGCUCUUUCGGCCACACUUCUACCUGCUAUUAAACGGUUCUUGCCAACACAAUGGAAUGAUAAUGUCAUUAUAUGGCGUUUCCCUUAUUUCCGGUCUCUGGAGGUUGAGUUUACUAAAUCACAGAUUGUUGCUGCAAUUCCUGGAACUUUCUUUUGCGUGUGGUAUGCUUCAAAGAAGCACUGGCUAGCUAACAAUAUCUUGGGUCUUGCAUUCUGCAUUCAGGGAAUUGAAAUGCUUUCACUCGGCUCUUUCAAGACUGGUGCUAUUCUCUUGGCCGGACUUUUUGUAUACGACAUAUUCUGGGUCUUUUUUACUCCAGUUAUGGUUAGCGUUGCAAAAUCUUUUGAUGCUCCCAUAAAGCUCUUAUUUCCUACAUCAGAUGCCACACGUCCAUUUUCUAUGUUAGGACUGGGUGAUAUCGUUAUUCCUGGAAUCUUUGUGGCAUUGGCACUAAGAUUUGAUGUGUCCAGAGGGAAAGAGAGCCAAUAUUUUAAGAGCGCUUUUGUAGGAUAUACAGUUGGCUUAGUUGCCACAAUUAUUGUGAUGAACUGGUUUCAAGCUGCACAGCCUGCACUGUUGUAUAUCGUGCCUGGCGUCAUUGGGUUUUUGGCCGCACAUUGCUUAUGGAAUGGUGAAGUCAAACCUUUAUUGGCAUUCGACGAGUCUAAAACAAGUAUCACUGAAGAAACUGAUGAAGAUUCGAACAAGAAAGCAGAUUGAAGGGAAAACGUAGUUUAGCUGAAAGUUUCAAGUAUCACAUUAAAAGAAUGUUGAUGACAGAUAAAAAGGCUUUUCAGAUGAGAGACUAACUUAUGCACACCAGAUUUGGUUUUAUUGUCAAAUACAUAUAUGAAGCCUAUUAGAUUUAUGAAUGAGAUCUCGUCAUCAGUUUGAUAUAAUUUUAUGUUUGUCUGGGUGUCACCCGUUUUGCUAAUGUAACACUAUCACCGUUUCCAGAUGUUUCAUAACAUAUGCGAAUAUUAUAGUCGUCCAUUUAAAUUAUGUUUACAUUUUGUAGGGGACAAUGGAAACAAGAACUCGGUAACUGUUAUAAUCACCACCUUAUAUUAA